AUGACCUGGACAUUGGUUAAUUCUGAGGUCAAGUCAUGCUUUAAGGUUUAACAAAAUUCUCCUAAAAUAAUAAUAGCCCCAACUCCACCCAUUAAAACAAUUAUGGUUAACAUGAAUCAGCUCAUUAUGCUAAUGCCACAGAGGCAGCUGUUAAUUAAAGUCACAGAGAGAUAGAGAAACAGAGAGAUUAACCCAGUGCUUUGGUAAGUAGGUUUGGCCAUGUGAAGGACUUUUAACACCUCUCACAUAGUAACUUUCAUACUUGCAGUGGCUUAACCUGCAUGUGUUUAGACUGUGAUCAACUCUCCUCACAUCUUUUCAUCUCUAUCCACAGUUAACGACUUCACAGUGAUCAGGAAGAAGUUUAAGUGCCCAUACUGCAGUUUUUCCGCCAUGCACCAGUGCAUCCUGAAGAGGCACAUGCGCUCACAUACAGGCGAGAGGCCUUAUCCCUGUGAGAUCUGUGGGAAGAAGUUUACCAGACGGGAGCACAUGAAACGCCACACGCUGGUACACAGUAAGGACAAGAAGUACGUGUGUAAAGUUUGCAGCCGCGUCUUCAUGUCAGCCGCCAGCGUGGGCAUCAAACAUGGCUCUCGUCGGCACGGUGUGUGCGCAGACUGCUCAGGUCGAGGCAUGGCUGCUCUGCUGGACCAAAACGGCGAAGACGGCUCGCCAGAAGAAGAACUCUUAUAUCCCGGGGACCACCGUUUCCCUGAUGACACAGCAGACGGAGACGGCGAAGAAGAGAUGAUGGUGGAAGCAGAGAUUAUGGGAGAAGGGGAGGAGGAAAACGGGAAAUGGCGGGCAGGCUCAGGGAUGUCGCAGCGAGACGACAGAGCAAUAGACGAUGGCAAAGAGGAAAGCGACUCAGCCCUGGAAGGAGACACCAGGGCGGGAAGCGAGAAAGACUUCAGUUGGAUCUCCUAGUCCAAUGCGUGGAUCCACGGUCGACCACCUGUUCCUUUAAGGAGAUACGCUUAAGGCGGGGCAAUCGGAUCUCAGUGUGUUGGAGGAGCCGGAUACAAAGAGAUCCUUAAGGUGCCUACAGGGCUGCCAAAAGGAGAGACAGUGGAGCGUCUCCUCGCCCCGACUCCAUGUGCUUCUGACCCAGGCUUCAGUUUGUCUCCUUUCUUCCUUGAGGACCAAACGGGUUUCUAUGUAUGUGUUUGCUAUUUCUUCAGACAAAAGAGAUUGUGUCGUUUCGGGAGAUUGUCCAAAAAUCAGCGCCAUGCUUUUUUAAUGGGUCAGACAGAAAAGUGUACGAAAGAUGUGCUCUUGCCAUACGGCCAGCCGCCACCAGGGGGGCGCUAGCCAAUCUUUUGCGCAGCAGUUCACGUCAGAAGACUUGCACCAGUUUGUUUUUGGCACAUUGUUGAGAAACUGCAACAGACUUGCACUUUAAACGUUGACUAGAUUCCUAUCGAUUCCCUGUUUCUGUGGUUUACAUUUUUAUUCCAAUUUACAUAGAUUAUGAAUAUGGUGACCGCACCUACCUUUAAGGAUACACAGUAUGUCCUUAUGACUGUUAUAUACUGUAUGAACAUUCGUGCUAGGUUUGCUAAUUAUAAUGUAUGCCUUGUAAUGUUUUAAUGGGUUGCAAUUUUCAUUCCUGAACAUUUAUAUCAAGGGGAAAAAUCAUGUAAAUAGAUACAUAUAUGAGUGAGAUUAGUUGAUUUAGUGUUUUCGACAUAAACGAGGCGGUUUAGGGGGAAGGUGGGUGAACACUAUGCAGAAACGAAUCUUUCUAGUUCUCAACAAUCUUUAUUCUCUCUAUUAUGCGAGAGAAAACUAGUCUUCAGCAAUGGCAAAGAAGAGAGACCGGAGGAGAGGAGUAGAUUUAUGGAAAUAUUACCCGUGUCCCGCUGUAAUAUUUCCUCAUUAUUCGCAUUCCAUAGUGGACACAGUCAGGGAUGGGUUUUAUACAGAGGGUUCGCAGCGUGGCUUUGUUUCUUUGAAAAUAAAACAAAACAACUGUAUGCAAACGUGUGUGUUUUGUAGGUGUGGUGCGUGAGGGGCGGUUUAACAUACUCAACGAUUUCAGACUCUCUCCUCUCGUCCCUCUUUUUACGUGUUUCCUCGCAGCCUUGCCAUUGUACUGUACUGAGUCUGCCUCUGAAAUCUUAAAGCCGUGUGAUGUGACAGGGAGAUAUCAUGCCUUCCCGCUAAAUAUUUAUUGCUCUAACUUCUGGAAGUUUCAGAAAUAUGCAUCGAUUUCUUAAUCAACGAACCACAGCUUUCUUUUGUUGUCAGUCCAUCAUAGAUGACGAAACACAAAGACGCUUUGUAACAAGACCAAGAGGACUGAUGUGUGCUGUAAAGUGAAAUAGCUGUUCAUUUAUUUGGUCUAAAUGCUUAUUUAUUUGGUUUGUGAGUGCGUGAGUGAGUGUGAAAGAUGAACUAGUCUUUUUACACAUCAUUCUGUUUGACUCUGUGUGUGCGCGUGUGUGUGAGAGAGAGAAGGACCGGGUCCAUGAAUGUCUUUUUACUCAUUGUUUUAACAAUCUGUGCCAGAAUCUUUGACAAUGGGAAUAAACGCUUUAUUAUGCUUUACUUAUUAUGAUUAACAAAUUUUAAUUAUUAUGGUUACUGUUGAUAUUGUUGUAAUUCUUAUUAAUGUUAUUAUCAUUAUGAUUAUUGUUAUUGUUAUUAUUAUUAUUAAGUGCUGGAGACUAAGCUUUAUUAUUUGUUUCAUUUUGUAUUUCCAUUCUUGAAAAACAGUGUAAAACUUUCCAAUCUUGCCUUUCUAUGGACAGCAAGCCAUGUGGCUUUCAGAAGUAAUUAUAUUGUGCCAGUUCCAUGCAUUUCUGAGUGAUUUUUUUUUUCUUUUCCCUUAUUAUUACUGUUUUAUUUUGGAAGGAUGAACCUUCUGAGAGCUUAACUUACUAAGUGUUGACAGACAGGUAUAUUCAGCACACGCUUCUAUAUUACUAACGUACACUAAGUAAUGAAUAUUAUACCAAAAAAUAAUAAUCUGGUAUACGUUGUAUACUUUUUAGUGCUUUUGUUUUCCAUUUGGUGUACAGGUGCAAAGCUUUGAUCAAUUGGUGAUUUGCUUGGUUGAUUUGAGUUUUCUUUCCCCACUACAUUUGAGAAAGCACAGAUUUAUGGUGUUAUGUUAUAAAGGGCCACUUGAAAGCACAUUGAGAAUCGCAGCUUUAAUUCUGUUGCCCUUGGAAACAUACUCAAUGGAUGUGCUCUACUGUAUGCCAUCGUCCUGCAUCUGAAGGCCAGCACAUGGUCAUGUGGAAGUGUGUGUGCUUGACAAUGAGAGAUUGUACAAGCUUUAGACCUCAAAUGUAACUGGUCCGAGUGCCAGGCACUAUUGCUAUCCAAAUUCCUUCAAACAAUUGGACGUUUAGCCUUUUCUUCUUUGUUUAAUUUAUUGUGUUCUUCGCCUUUAAUUGAAAUAAAAUCUGUUGGAAUUUAAAAGGAAA